AUUCUAUCUAUCUCUCUAAGUCUCGCUCACCGUAUCUGCAUUGCGACAACGAGGAAAUACCGUCAGUAUCCUUGGUAUAAUGCCUCAAGGGCCUAUUUUAGAUUAAAGCUAGUUAUAGUAACCCUCUGUAUAUAACCAUAAAAAAUAUCGUCUUAAAACAUAAUUGUAAGAAAAUCUAAGUCUUACACGUAUAUACAUAGACGGGACGGGCAGCGUUGCACCGUAUAGUUUGAUUUCAAGUAGAUUUGGCUCUAGGUUUGUAUUAUUUUAUUGCACCACUAACUAUACUUUAGUUACUAGAGAAAAUUAAUAUAGGGAUUUCCUUCUAUUACUUGUUACUCUGUCUAUAAACUUUGAUUUCGUUUAACAGUGGAGUACCAUUUUAAUGCCACAUAGACGCAGAAUAAAAAAUAGUGCCACUGGCUCUUAAAAUUAUGUUGUUGAUAAUAAAAACACUGUUCAUAGCGCUGCAAAAGUUUAUACCCGCUUAUGAACGUUUCCAGCUCGCUGUACAUUAAAAUGUAUCUCAAAGAAUUUAAUGAUCGAGCGGACUUAUUAGAAGUAGAUUGCCAGUACUGUCACAUUAAGGAAACAUACAAAGGCGUAAUCUAUGUGUGAAGUUGAGAUACUGGUUAUUACUUUGAUUGCGAAGAGGUCAAAUCUACGGUGCGCAUGCGACGCGAUGAGUCACUUAUCUCUGGAUAUAUAAGACCUGCUCCACUGACCACGCCACACUUGUUAUCUGUUGAGGACACCAUGAACUCGAUACUCGGCAUCGCUCUCGUGAUGUGCGCCAGCAUGGCGCUUACAUCGGCUUACCCCGCUGCCGAAUCAGCCCAGGACAUCUCCUACAUAGCCCUGGAAGAAACAGCUCCCGUCGAAGCAGCGGCUGAUGGGGAAACCCUGCAGCCAAAAGAAUCACGCUGGCGACGCGGCUGGGGAGGCGGUUGGGGGCACAGGGGUUGGGGGCACGGGGGCUAUGGGCACGGCGGCUGGGGACGUGGAUGGGGAAAUGGCGGCGGAUGGGGGCACGGAGGCGGAUGGGGCUACGGGGGCUAUGGGGGCGGCUACGGCUACGGUGGAGGGUGGGGAGGCGGUUGGUACGGCCGCUAAUAUAACUGGAUUAACAUCUCUCAAAAGUUUGUGAAAUACUCGAUAAGCUUUAGAUAAAGUUGUGUGUGUAAAAUAUGAAUGUAGUGAAAAGCGAUAAAGUCAUAUCUAUAAGAAAACUGUGAUGUAAAAAUUAAUAAAAAUGAUGUAAGAUGACAA